AUGGGGCGGGCGGGGGUGAAGGGUGCCCGUGUCUCCUUGCAGUGCGCAGGGCGCAUCCCGGAGGCUGGAGCAGUACUCGACCUGCUGGAGAAAUGUCCCGAGCACCAGAAGAAGGGAGGUUUUCCCGUCGUGGUUUUUGAGGGGCUGGAUGCCACAGGCAAAACUACUGUAACCCAGUCUGUCAAGGACACCCUGAAUGGCGUUCUGCUAAGGUCUCCACCAGCUUGCAUCAGCCAGUGGAGGACAAUAUUUGAUGAUGAGCCAGCACCCAUUAAAAGAGCAUUUUAUGCUGCGGGCAACUACAUUCUUGCUUCAGAAAUAGCAAAAGCAUCCACUCAGGCACCUGUGAUCAUAGACAGAUACUGGCACAGCACAGCUGCCUACACAAUUGCCACUGAAAUAAAUGGGGAAGUCCAGGAUCUUCCACCGGUUCAUGAUGAGGUGUACCAGUGGCCUGAAGAUCUGCUUAAACCUGAUCUCGUUCUUCUCCUGACUGUUGACCCUGAGGAGCGAGUCCGGAGACUUCAGCAUCGGGGGCUGGAGAAAACAAAGGAGGAAGCUGAGCUGGAAGCUAACUGCUUGUUUCGCCGAAGAGUUGAAGAGUCAUACAGAAGGAUGGCAAAUCCUGCGUGCCAAGAGAUUGAUGCCAGCCCCUCCAAGGAAGAAGUUCUCAAGACGGUGCUACAACUCAUUAAGAAACGCUGUGCUUUGUGA